CCGAACCUUCCGGCGGCGCGGGAGGAGGAGCCGGCGGGGAAGGUGACCGGGAAUGUGCUGGGGGUGAACCCGAGAAGGUGACCGGGAUCGGGGGGUUGAGCCCGGGAGGGUGACCGGCACCAUGCACCGGCUCAGCCCGGCCGCGCUCGGGGCUCUGCUGAGGGUUCCCCGGGGCCGGGCCCCCUUCUCCUCCUCCUCCUCCUCCUCCUCCUCCUCCUCGGCUCCCCCGCAGCCCGCGAUCGCCGCCAAGGAGCCCUUCCCGGUGGAGCUGAAGGCGGGCAAGACGUACGCGUGGUGCUCCUGCGGGCACAGCAAGCGCCAGCCCUUCUGCGACGGCUCCCACAAGAAGGCGGCCCCGGGGAUGUCCUCGCUGCGCUUCACCCCCCAGGAGGACGGGCCCGCCUGGCUCUGCGGCUGCAAACGCACCCAAAACCCCCCGUACUGCGACGGCACCCACAACGGGGAGGAGGUGCAGGGGGCCCCCCUGCCUCCCCAGCCCUGACGUGGAGCCCACGGGAGCUCGGGACCACCGGGAUGCGCGUCCCGCUCGCGGGCACGGAGGGAGGAGGGGGAUGCUGAGCCCCCACCCCGGUUAAAUGUGAAUUACUGAGGAGCUGCAGCGAACCAGCAGCAGCUGGGAAAGAAGGAA